CGUUAUCCUUCGUGCUCUCAACGGGUUCCAUACCUGUUUGUCUCUCGCUACCGUCGUUUUUCAGUCUAUCGCUUUAUAAUUCCCCCCUUGGAGCCGUCAACAUCCAUUGAGCCAGCCGACCCUUCUCGUUCACCUCCGAUCAUCUCGCCACUUUGAACCAGCUCUCAAACAGCACUCUUGCUUUCGUUCAAUAAAACAACACUUCGUGACGAUCUACUCAGCGGAAGCUUACCAUCGCCACUCGCUCAAACACAAUUGUCACCAUGCCGUCCUUCAAGAGCACCUUCCUGGCCGUGGCCGCUGCUUUCGUCGCUACCGCGACUGCUCAGGACUACUGGGUCGAGCCUGACUCCAUCCAGAAGCCCAUCCGACUUUCGUGGUGCCGUGACCAGAGGAGCUCGUGCCCUAUGAUCUGCUCCCAGACGUCCGAGGGUGACCCUCUCGUCAACGACUGCAAUGCUGACGCCCUGCAAUACGGCUGCAUCUGCAGUGACGGACAAAAGCCCAACAUGACCGAGUACUCCCUAACGCUGCCCUACCACGUCUGCACGGCUUGGGCCAGCAGUGCGUCGCUGACUGCGGCAACGGCAACAACGCAUGCGCCAGCUCGUGCCGUGAAGACCACCCAUGCGGUGCCACCGACCCCAGCCGCGUCAACGCUACGGAGUCCUCGGCUUCCCCCACGGCCUCCGCUACUGCGGAGCCAGACAUCCUCAGGCAGCACCAUCUUUACCGGCCUCGCCGGCAACGACGACAACGACGACAGCGAUGAUAGCAGCAGCAGCAACUCGAACAACAACAACAACAACGACAGCGCCGCCUCUGCCAUCAGCCGGGGUCUUGGCCUGACGGUCGUCAUUGGUGGCCUCGUUGGCGGGUUCGCCGUCCUGCUGUAA